AAGUGGUAUUUGGCAAAUCUUCUCGAGCGACGACGUCUCUUCUUAUGUUAGCUGCAGUCUUUCCACAGAGGGUCACCGCAAUCACUCUACAGGACUCUAACUACAGCACAUAGUCGUUGGAAAAGUAAUUCGUGUUUGAGCGAUCAACUUCGUAGCGUGCAGAAUUGCCCCGACAGUAGUAGGUAACAGGCCUGCUUCGCCCAGCUCGCUAAACCUCCUUCGAGCCGAAGGACCAAGCUGGAGUCACUGAAGUCUACUCUGCUUGCUGUCUGCAAUGACGUCCCUAAGCUUUUUUUACGUAUGUAUUAUAGUUCAGUAAUGGAAAGUACUUUAACAGAGCUUGUAUUGAAUUAAAUGAUCGGGCGAGCAUAUAAACGUCUACGAGUUAGCAGCGUUCCAUUUGCUCGGAGCGUUCGUUCUUGCUGUCGUUCAGUCGUAGUGCUGAUCGACAGAAGGGUUGCCUCCUGAUCGACUGCUGUCGUGGACACGCGCUACUACUCCUAUGGGAAUCGCCGUUCUUGUCCUAUAUUGCCACAGCUGCGCCGCCACGAGCUCCACUCAGACAUCGUCAUCCAGCUCGAAAUCGAAUGUAUUAAAUUGGUAACAGACGAAGUUCUUCCCUUUGAGUGAUAGGAAGUGAGCUAGAAGACCAACGCGCAUCGCUGGUUAAGUACGAAGCGUAGGAUGCCGGCAAUGAACGAUUGUCUCUGGGCCCGAAUAGCGCAUGUAGGUAUAAAUUCACCUAAUGUUAAGCUAGAAAGAUCAGUUUCGUUUUUGAUGGACGUGAGACGCAAGAGAGCAUGCGAACAGUUCGACUGUAUUUGUACAAUGUUGAAUUAUACUUUUUUCGCUAUUGAAUGACAACAAUGAACGUUGAAAAGAAAUUAUCGUAGUUAUCAUAGGGUACACUAGCAUGAUUCAAGCAUUACUAUUUGGCCCAUCACUCAGUGCUCUCGUCUUAGUGAACCUAUACGUUCUACUUUUCGCUCCCGAAUGAUAUAACCGAACUCGUCGUUUAUAAACAAAGUGUCGACUGUAACAUGGAAUGCUAUGAUUUGGGCUAAUCAAUUGAUUUGUAACGUUUCCUAACGAGACGGUGCCUAUGAACUCCUGUAUUUUUUUUAUGUUGCGUAAGUUGCGCCAAUCAUAUUUCGUAGUUUUUGUUCAAACUGAUGGAAGACAUCAAACAGGGACAGCGCAAAAAGGAGCCAUACAUAUCGCCAUUACUGUUAUUAUUAUUUCUACUUGAUGGGGUUUGAUGAAGGAAGGAAACGUUUGUUUUCAUUUGUAAAAUUACGACUAUGGCAGCUGUAGCACGAAUUUAAAUGUUUCUACUAUUUGGUCGUAGGAUCAUUGUUUUCUGCUGACCUUUCAACGGUAUCAUUUUGCCUGGUGUGGCCAUAUUUAAAUAAGCAGGUAAGGUUUACUGGCCCUCAGAUCGAUGGAAAUGGGAUAACUCCCGAGUAAUUUAACGUUAGCUCGCCAUUGGUAAGUUUAUCAGCCAACUUGAUCAAAAGCAAGGGUAGGAUUUGAACUAGAUUUUCGAAGUCGGUCUUCACGUGAAAUUGUUUAUUGAGCAUUGUAACUUCUACCAUAAGAUCGAAAUUUAAAAUCUCUGAAGGGAUAUGACUUUCCUGACAGAUCGUUCAUAUUUUUACCGUUAAGCAUGUUUCAUACUUAUGUACAUAACCGACACCUAAUGCAUAACAUUAAGCUUCAUUCUAAUAGGUGCCGCUUCUUAUUACAAUGACUAAACCUGUGCAUAUUCUAUAUCUGGAAAUUUAUUCGGUCACAAAAUCCACAAGUCGGAACGAUUUGACGAUAAUUUAACUAAAUUAAUAUAACGUUGCAGUUAAAUGGACACACUUAUAUUUCCCACACUUACUUAUAUUUCCGUCUCUAUAGUAAAAAAAAACAAAGUAAAUUAAAAAAUUAUCACAUUUCUAAAAAUUGCUAUUGUGAAACGUAUGAUAACGAUCUAGUGUUGGAAUAUAGUAUCGCGUGUAGUGAAGUCACUGGCUUACCCUCAUAGAAACUGAAAAGAAAGAAAGCCUUCGAGAAGAAGCUGAGGUUCUUCAAUAAGAGGAUAAAUAGUUUGGAGUCUACUUUUCGAUAAACUAUUUCUAGAUCGUACUCGAGAAGUGAUUCUGAAGCCAGCGAAAAAUGACUACGCACUAGGCACGUUCUUGAGAUGUAGAAUACAUUCGGCUUUUGUAGCGCCUUCCGGCGUCCUGGGUACACACAUCUUUGAGGCUAGCAGAUUGUACCUGUUUUCUCAGGUCAAAACUGGGUAAUUCAACGCAGUUUGAUGGCCCAUGAGGGGGAAAUCUACCGCACCUAAUUCAAGGCACUUACAAGUGCUAAAAUACAUCUCAUAAUACGCAUAGCCGUUCAGCGAUUUUGUUUAAGAUCUGCUUGAUGUUGCGGAGGUCCCCUUAUAGAAUCAUUUGAAAAAACUAGCUAUGGGAGAAGGGAUAAUGCAUUCGUAUGAAUAUUUUUUGAAAUGCAAAAGGGUCAAUACGGCCGCGGCCUGAAGAAUUAACCAAUGAAGAUUCGAACUGGUACAAAUAGAAGCAUUUAAACAAACAAAAUAGAAAUGUACUCGCAUUUAAGGUAAGGUGCGGCUAUGUAAAGUAAAUCUAAUCCUAAACCGGACAGUGGAAUAUGUUUGGACAUGUGGUGCUCGUGCCCAGAUGACUGAUUGAAAAGGGUUUGGCAGAUACCAGGGUAUAUAUUCCCUAUGUAGCUUAAGCUGAAUUUGAUUUAAAAAAACAAAAAGAAGAGUCACUGCGCAAUAUAAGAUCGUUUGGUAAAACCAGUGUCCUAUUGAUGUUUUAUUGUGUUUAUUAUUUAUUGCUUUCUUGAAUCGUAACUAUGUUAUUUAUCCGUCGAGGCGCUAGUCAAGGGGUUCGUUUCGCUGUCUAGCAGGUUAACGGUAACAUAAGGAAUCGGAGUUAAUUAAAAAACACCCUUUAAGUGCAUGCAAAUAUGGGAGAUCAGAUGCACUUAUAUUAAUAAAAUAUCGUUCGACGAUGAAUUAUAAACAGAAUAGCACUUUCAGCAAUGGAAUACGUUAUGCACAUUGAUCGGAUCUUCCGAUUUAGAUCCGCGUUUUUGUAAGAGAGAACAGUGAGACUGGCCCUGUACUAGAACCUUAAACAGUUCUGUCCUGUUCGAAGGAAAAUUUUUAGCAUGGCACACAAACUGGAGCGUUAAAAGAAACUAUGUAAUGGAAAAAAGUAACCAAAUAGAACUAGCUUUACUUAAAAACAAAGUAUUAAUGGAAAUUGGCUUUUUUUUUUUUGCAUACGCCGGCACAGACGUUCCUCAUGGACAUGUUUAUACUGUGCAAUGAUGUAAGCUUGCUGGGAACUUCCUUAAAAAACUGUACACAAAAAAUCCGACAUAAUCUGUUUUUUUGACUGAUCCUAAAACUAUCCAACUGGUGAAAAAAGGGUAUCGUCCUCCCGAAAGUUGAGCACCGUCAUUUCGUGACCACUGCCCGCUUAAACCUCGCUUUACAGCCGCUGUGCCGCUGGCUCAGAUAUUAUUUUCGAUGAAAGCUACGUUGGCCUUGUCGAAUCCGUGACUGUUCCAUGACUCACUUUUGCUCUGAUUUCCCCGAAGUAGAAUGCUACGCCUCGAUCGGUAAAUAUCCUGAAGAGCAGUCAACUGACCUUUAUGGGUGGUUGUAAAACACUAAGAAUUGAGCCGAACGAAGCAUCGGACGUAAUCCGGAUGCGAUAUGGGGUAACCGAGAGCGUCUUUUGCAAGUAUCAAUCGGUCAGCUUUCUAAUUUUUCCUGAGUACACUUAUUAGCGGCAAUCAGUUAGAACUCACUACAUUACCCGCUGCUGUUGAUGUCGUGAGACCGGUUUGGGGACGAAGUGUCCCUAAUCGCUGAUGACAUACACGUUAACAGGUGCUCGGUCAGCUAAGAGACCUAGGGAAAACCUUUCCAUCGUGUCGAGUCAUUGAGGUAAGUUUUCCCGGACUAAACGGAUUUUCCGAUACAGAUGUGGGCCGUUGCACUAAAGUUGGAAAAAAAAAGCCACAGAUCUGCUUGCUAUUUUUGAUUUACUACGUUAACAAUUGCUUACUUCGCUUGUAUAAACUUUUUGAACAUUUCUCCCCUAGUCUAAUUCGUACCCUAUAUUCCAGUCAUAGUAUAGCUGCCACUAAGUAAGUGUGAGGCUCUUCUCCAAGAACAAACUAAAUAAUAAAGCAAAUAAGAUACUAAGCUAUUUAUUGAUAUAUAUACAUUUUGCAAUGAGCGAUAAUUACGGGUUUGUUUUGAACCUGCUCAGCUUGUCACGUUAGCAGUUGGACGGUCCUUAAUGACGUCGGUUUCGGGCACGUGCAGUGCGUUGGACGUUUUUAUUGUCACAUUUAGCUUUUACCGCAUCAUCUUGUAGGCAACGCGUGCACGGUAACGCGUAAUUAUAUGAAAGAGGCGGUCACCAAAAAAAGACGAUCGUGUGGCUAGAGUUGCGCGGAAAACGAGUAGAAAAAAGGAAUAACAUGCCGAAGUAUAAGAUGGACGCAGAACAAAAAUUGAAAACUACUCCAAGACCUCAAUGCUUCCGUCCAUCUGUGUGCCGUAGUGCUCAUUGAACUAGCCAUUGUCAUCUAAUGCAUACAGUGCAACGGUGAGUGCCACUAAGAGCAUUUUCACAGUGCACUUGUGUAUAUCACCUUGAUAGCAUGGACAGCCAGAAGCCAGCAGUCAAGAUGGAGGUCAACGCUGAGGUUGAAGUUCUAAUGACGAGUACGCCAAAGCCACCGGAAGCGGCUGGUGCCAGCCAGUCUGAUAACAAUGAUACUCAAGUAUCGGUCAAUCUUGGUAACCAGCCUGGCGUCUCCAUUGUACCAAAAAAUACGGAUUUCGGAUUCGUCGCUGACAGUGUUGCUAUGGAUGAAAGCACUGAAAAUUCCGAGAUUGUGAAGGACCGUGCCGAGUUUAAAAACCAAUUUACUUCGUUGAACAACAGGUUUGUGGCUUACGUACACAAGGUCAAAACGAUUGAUAAAAAACUGGAAGAGUCGGAAAAGGUUCGGAAAGAUAUUGAAGAGCAAAUGUCACAACUUCGAACUGAGACAACCCAGCAGGUGAACAUGUUACGGAAUGAAAUUGAAUGGCAUGUUAAACAAGCCGUACAGGCUGAUGAAACUAUUACACAGCUACAGAAGACCAUAGAGGAGUCCAAACUUGAAAACAGGGCUCUUCGAACCGAUCUUGAACAAAAACGUCAACGAGAAACCAGUCUUGAAAGAACGCUCGUUUCUGAAAGAAACACUAUCAGAGCCCUCCGUGAGGAAAAUAAUAAACUUCGUGAACAGCGUAAGAAAGAUGAAAAAGACCGGGUUGACCUUUGCAGCCAAGUCACUCGGCUGAAGGUCGACGUUGCCACCCUUCAUGAGCGCGUGAAAAUUACCAAUUUCGAAAGAACGAUGCUAGAGUCGAAGAUUGUUGAGGUGGACAAAAAACUACAGUUUUCUGCUGAGGACGUUGACAAAAAGGUUGCUACUGAACGAAACCGACUUGAAAAGCUUGGUUUUGAGAAGCUUGAGGAGUAUCGCAGCAAGCAUCAAGCAGAUAUGGAACGUCUCAAAAAAGAGCACAACAAGAAGAUGCAGGACACCCUUCUUACCUAUGUCAGUGCGGAAGAGCAUGCUCGGCUCGAGACCCGUCACCAGCAGGCACUCAAACGGGCACAGGAUGUUGAGACUAUCCUUGCUGAGCGCCAGGAGCUAAUAAAAAGGCUUCGGGCUGAAAUCGAAGAUGUCAAGGCAAUAAAGAAUAAAGAAUGCGCAGCCGAGCGACGCCGACGUGAUAGGCUAAAUAAACGCUUGAUCGUCCAGAAACAAAGCUACGACGAUAUUCGACAAGAGCUGGAAACUUAUCGGCAGCUCAUCGACAGUUUAGAUCUUGACACUGAGACGUUGGCCAAUACACCACUUGGGGCUAAACGACCCAGAAUAUCGAUAGACGCACCCUCUCGGUUGAACGAGACUUAUUCGAAAUCGAAGGUUAGUGAAUCACCGUCUGCGUCACUACGAGCUCGACAGAUGCUUGUUCGACGGGCGUUAACUCCAAAAAAAGCUCCUCGAAGACGGACGUCCGCAGCUGGGCCCUCAAACGAAAAUGAUAAUGAAGAUAUAAAACCCGACUGUAAGGUUAUGUAAACCCUAAACUGACAGCCAGGUAAGCUAAAAGCGAGCGCCGGCAGUAACUGAUUCUGUACAUAAUCUGUUUAUAACAUAUUCUGACGUACGAAUCCACGUUAUAAUUGUAAAUACAACAAGAUCAUGAAGUGACGUAGACUUCUGCUGUUUCUGUGGAAGCGUGUACGAAGGCAAAACAAAAGUAUGUGAUGCCAGGAGCGAUUCCUUACAUCAAUAUGACCAAACAUAUUGUA